GGAAGCUGUAACACAGGCCGGUGGUGGUGGACAGCAGCAGGAAGACAGACAGGAAGCGGACGGUGCCCACACCUUUCUCCAGGCUGCCACAGAGGAACACCAGGGCUGUGAUGUUCAGGAGCAGCUGAGCUAAACUUCUAUGAUAGACGGGGAACAUGAAGAGUCUGUGGAUGUGUCCACUUUGGAAGACAGCGGCACCGACACUGAGGAACCCCUGAGUUAAGCUGAAGUACGUUUCAAUACAGAAUAAAGCACAUGAUAGCAGGGCCAGAGUGAAAACACCACCGUGAACGAUGUGAACUGAAUCUUCUCCGGGACGGACUGAUUUUUUCCCCCGCGUGUCUUCACGGCUCUCCCGACACUCUCUCCCCGGUAAGCUCCCUCUGUCCGCCGGCACCGUGUCUCUCCCGGUGUCCCCCCCGGGAAGCGCGAGGCCGAGUCGUGCGAUGAUGGAGGACUUUGACGAGAUAUACGAGGAGGAGGAGGAAGAGGAGGACGAGGACAGGGCCGCGGAGGAGCAGCUCCUCAAGUACGCUCCGGACCCGGUGGUGGUGCGAGGAUCCGGCCACGUCACUGUGUUUGGGCUUAGUAACAAAUUUGAGUCCGAAUUUCCUUCAGCACUUACAGGGAAGGUGGCGCCGGAGGAAUUCAAAGCCAGUACCAAUCGCGUAAACAGCUGCCUGAGGAAGACGCUGCCGGUGAACGUGCGAUGGCUGCUGUGCGGCUGCCUCUGCUGCUGCUGCACGUUGGGCUUUAGUUUGUGGCCUGUCAUCUGCCUCAGCAAGAGGACAAGAAGAUCGUUAGAGAAGCUCCUGGAGUGGGAGAACACCAGACUUUACCAUAAGUUGUGUUUGCAUUGGAGACUAAGCAAAAGGAAGUGUGAAACCAACAACAUGAUGGAAUAUGUAAUACUCAUAGAGUUCCUACCUAAGAUCCCCAUCUUCAGACCGGAUUAGCCCAACUGUGGCUGAUCUCAAACCACCACUGCUGCCCAGCUCGGCCACAGAACCACGAUGGCUGUCAAGCUCCUUAACGACUCCCCCAUCCCAAAACACCAACACAAUAUUUUUGUUUACAAAGUAGCAUCGAUCCUUUUUUGACUCGUUCUCCCACGCAUACUCCAUCUUCACCCUUGUUUACAAAUCCAGCAUCCCGGCUCCAGAACGGGAGCGAAUUCACCGUUGAACCUUCCCCCUCCGGACGAGCUGGCACACUGUUUAGCCAUGCGAGCCGGUACCAGCCUGUGGGAUGUCAGAGGAAACCCAGCCGCGGGCAGUAUUAUUGAUUUCAGAGCCAGGAGCUGGACUCUCGAACUGGGUUCUCUAAGCUACAACUGGAAUUUCUUUUUUUGUCACUUGUAUGUUCCCUAACCUAAGCACAUGGCAGGCAGACCAUGAUAAAACCAACGCUUUCAUACGUUGCCUACCGUCACACCGCCAACUUCACCUGCAAAAAAAUACACCCCAGUGCAUUUGUAUCAGUUGGUCUGGUGCUCUCGGUUCUAGGCUGUGGAGGCAACGUGACAUAACAGAACUCCAAAGGAAUCUUCAUCUAAAUCAACUCAGUAACGGACCGACGAGUCACACUGAAAUGUGUUGGGCCAGUGGCCAAAACUCACAAAAGAAAAAAGUCACUUCUUAUCAACUAGCAGACAUUGUUGUCCUCUCUCCUCCUUUCAUAUCUCUGCACACUUACUGUGCGUCACCCUAACCCAGUGACAAUCACACACUUUGACUGUACUCCCCCUAGAAUGACUGGGUCUUAAAUGCUACAUCGUUUACCUGGAACAAUUUUGUGUUUUUCACCAGUGUGUGUGUGCAGGUGAUUGGCUGGUUGCCAGGCAACUGCGUCUGAGUCACAGUGGAACAUGUGAGGAGGCCACUGGUGUAGAUGAAAGGAACGCUUGGUUUCUUUAUAUAUUUUUUUAGUAUCUCAAGUUUUGUUUACUCUUCUGGUGAAGGGGGCAGUCUGUGCUUGUUAACCUGUUCACCGUGUGUGUGUGUGAGAAAAGUCUGAGGGCAAAACGUAUGCAAAAAAAGUCAAAUCAGACAUGAAGACACGCUUUACUCCGCAAAGUUGGGUUCUUUCUUUGAAGUAUUUUCUUUGCCAUACCUGAUCUUUAUUACUUUUGUUGUAAUUUAUACAUGUGAGUGUGCGUUUGUGAGGUAGGCCUCAGUUGUUGUUGUUUUUUUGUUUUCUGCAAAGGUAUGGUUGUUUCCCUUUUUGUCUUCUGGACAUGUGUCAACACUAAAGCACACAAUUGCUUUGUUCUUAACACCUUCACAUGGGCCUCUCUUCCUUAUCUGCCAACCUAGGCCUGUUUAUAUGAGCGUUCAAGUUGACGAUGUGGGUCCUUUCUGCGAAAGUUCCUCUGUCUUAGAAUUAGUAUGAGAGGCCUGGGGAGACAUAACAGUGUUCGAUCCUCUUUAUUAGGCGCUGGGUAAUACCAGCGUUCUGUAUCAUGAAGCAAGAUUAUUAAAAUCAGCUUCAGAACUGCACUGAAUAAAAUAAAAUUACUCCCAGAUCAGCAUCAUGGUCUUUAAAGCUGUGUUUUAUAUUAGCAAACAUGAAACGUGUUACUUUUAACAAUGAAUCCAGAGAAAACUAGAAACUCAGUAAAAGGCAUAACGCCACCAGCAACAAGCAGUCCACUUAUGAAGCAGCAUUUAAAUUCACCGGAUUUUUAUUUGGAUCUGGACCAAACUGCACAAGCUCAAAUAUCAGCCCCUUAAAUAUGUCAGAAUAUUUUUCAAUAUCCAUGAAUUGUUCCUUGGGAAAUCAUGGAAAGUAUCAAAAGACACCCUAUCAGAUCAACAAUCUAAUUUAAUGGGUUAUUUUUCUUGGAUAAUGCGUCAACAAACCAACCAACAGUCAACCGAAAAUUCUUCCCAUGGUUUAGAUCAUUGUUUUUGGUUCCUGGCCUGUAACUGUACCGACCCAUUCUCACUCCCCUCAUUAGUCUAGUGUGCAGCAGCAGGUAGAUGUUUCCAAAGAUGAUGAACCUACAAUACGAUACCUGGCCAGCACCAAACAGCUGACACACAACAAAAACUUGAUGAUAUUGGACAUGAAUCAGAUGUUUGGACAUGAUUCCAAACUAGGGCUGCCAAUGCUUAUACAAUGUAUAAGCGAUAUAUCCGUAUAUAUUAAACCUUUUUUUAAUUGACUGUUAUAUUGCGAUAAUUCUUGUUAUUGAUUUGUUGCCCUGCCCCAAUCCAAUGAAUCCUGAUGUUGCACUAUCUAUAGGGUGUGCCAAUAAACAACUGUUUCAGUUAUCAGGCUAACUAUCAAUCCUGCUUUAGGAUUAAGGCCCGAGACAACAUAUUACAGAUCCCAUCAUAUAGCACAUCUCAGUUUUAUUCAACAUACAAUCUCUUACCAUCAAGUGGGAGAAAAGGCAGAAGGAAGAUAUGGAUUAAACAUCUCCCACUCAGUCCACCUCUUGAUUUAUCAAAACCACCCAGACACUGACUGACACUGUGAGAUUGUGUGUUGCCAGGAAAGAUGAAGGUCACUCAGCUCUGGUUGAUUGUAUGGGUCACACUCAGGGGAUUAUUCUAGAAAAACAAUAUGUAGCAUUGGACAAAUCUCAGUGUCAGGUAUGUUCUAAAGUGCCACCAGGGAGUCAAGUAACAACGUAACCGACAUCACACCUGAACAGCUGUAAAACGAUGUGUCUGGAGAUUGUUAUGGAAUUGAAACAUGCCCCGAAGAAAAAAACAUCUGAAUCUGUCUUUGGACUUCCUGUUAGGACAGGAAGCACUUUUAUACCACAGACCCACAAAUCUUGGUCAUUGGAUUAGUUUAUCUGUUAUACCAGAGGGUCGGCAAUCGGCUCAUCAGUCAUUUUUCUAUUUUUUGAUUGUGGUCUGUUCUGUGUAAAUGGAGGCAUGUGGCCAUAUGCAGAUAUCUGUGGUGUGUGUGUGCAUGCACGGUGUGUGCAGAUGCAAAUAUUCUCCGUAGAUCUCAGACUGUGAUUGAACCCUGCACAGAAAACAAGUCAUUUUUAUAUAAUCUUGCGUUUGCUGUUUGUUUGCGUGUGUGUGUGAGUGUGAGUGUGUGUGAGGGAGAGAAAGGUAUAUGUACAUAUGACUCAUGAGAAAGUGUAUGUACAGUAAUAAACUACCAAUAAACAAGGCUCUGAGCAUCCUC